AUGUUGAUAAACAUAUGCGGCAGCGUUUCUCUGUGGCUGUUCCAGAUGGCACUUUGGCUUGUUGGAACAUGCAAAGAUCCAUUACAUCUCUCACCGUUUCUGGAGCGAAGCGAUAUCAGAUCUGCCUUGGAGCUCAGUGAAGUCAGGGAUCCCCAAAAAGUAAUCCCGAAGAGCUACGCUGGGUUUAUAACCGUGGACAAACAACUAGGCAAUCAUAUGUUUUUCUGGUUCUUCCCAGCCAUUUCAGAACCUCUCGCGCCGGUUCUUGUGUGGCUGAAUGGCGGUCCUGCCAUUUCUUCCAUGUUGGGCUUACUAAGGGAAAACGGACCUAUCAGAGUUACAGAAACAAUUAGCGCUACUGGAGAUAAAACCUCUUACAAAAGAUGGGAGAAAUCCUGGGCGGAAUCGUUUGCUAUGCUAUAUAUAGAUAACCCAGUUGGUGCUGGCUACAGUUAUUCAGACAGUGGUCAACGUGGUUGGAAAACUACCAACGAUGGCUACACACAGGACCUGUUUUCCUUUAUAAUCCAGUUCUACAUAUUAUUUCCUGACUAUCUAAACACCCAGUUAUACAUCGGGGGACAAUCUUACGCUGGGAGAUUUGUCCCAGCCUUGGCCUACCGGAUACACAAGGAAAUCAAGGCAAACAGAUCCUCGAUACCCCUAGCUGGGAUCUACAUGGGAGGUCCUUUCUUUGAUCCCUACACCCAGGGUCUAGCUCAGGGUCUCUUCUAUUAUUCUCUUGGAGCAAUAUCCUAUGCAGAAUAUCUCAAUCACCAGAAAUCUGUCAGAGAAUUAUUCGAUAGAAACGACACAGACAGAGAGAGUAUGGCGAGUAUAAUUGAUAAAAUUGUAGCUGCAACACCUUAUAUUGAAGAGAAUUACCUUACAAGAGUACAGCCUGAUUAUCGUCAGGUUCAAGUUCUGAUGAACUCGAAGCUCAUUCGAGACAUGGUUCACGUAGGCAGCAAGCGUAAGUUCCUAACUUUCAACAAAGAUCUUCACGCCAGGUUUAAGUCUGACGCCAUGUUGAGCACAAAACCACAACUGGCCGAAAUCAUGAACAACUAUAAAGUCCUCAUUUAUUCUGGAGACAUGGAUGGGAUCACUACGGAUGUUGGUACUGAAGAAGCCAUCAUGACGAUACCUUGGUUUUCUCAAAUUAGUUACAAUAACAACACUUAUCGCAAUCGUUGGUACAACGAUGGCACAAUUCUAGGUUAUUAUACACAUGCAGGUGAGUUCUGUCGAGUGAUUGUCCGCAAUGCUGGUCACCAGACGCCUUACGAUCAACCGGACGCCACACAGAAGAUGAUGCUGGACUUCGUUCGUCAUGGGUGUAUUCAAGCAUCCGCAGCCAAGAAGCAGAUCACUGCUGCCCUCUUAACAACACACAUUCUCACAGCUCUGAUGAUGUCCACAGGGACAUAG